AUGAAAUGGUCCACAAACCCGACAUCAACCGAAAGUCCUCAGCCCACUCCCGAAUCGGCCUCAUUGAAGUCUCUAGUUGUCGAGUUGGGGGGUGAUGGGGUGGACGAGAUUGGUGAGAUAAAGAAGGAAAAACAUUUCCAUCACUCCUGAGCCCCUCCCUGUCCAGUGAUUUUCGGAUCUGAGGCUUGACAAAGAUCAACUGUUCAAGAUGAAAGUAAUCGGCGCCGCAGUGCUCAGCGUCCUGUUCUGCACGGUCCUGCCAGCAUCUGCAAAAGUAAAAACGGAACACAGGACAGCUUUCUUUGGCGAGGACGUCCACAUCGAUGUCCCACGUGGGAAUGGCAGCGAGGUCAUCUUUAAAUCUGCGACCAGCGAGUCCUACGACAUGCCGCUGAUCACAGCGGGGAAAGUGGUGAAUCACAACAUUUCCUAUUCCAACACUUUGGGCUACCUGGUGCUAGAGGACGUGCAGGAGCAGAACGAGGGCACGUACAUCAUCAAGGACACCAACAAUCCGAACACUGAAAGGCACUUCAAACUCAUCGUCAAGGACUGCGCCUUGGAGCAAAUUGUCAAAUACGGAGAAACCUACUACAUCCAUCUUAGCAACAUCAAAGGACCCAUCACCCUGGAGUUCAGGCCCAGUCCGUCUCAACUUAAUCAGUCAGAGACGCAGUACACAACCGAGCCUCCACCUGUGGUGCUGUACGACCAGACGGGUGUGUUGGCAGAAGAAUACAUGAAACGCCUCAGCGUGUCGGAGAAGCGUGUGGUGCUGCACUCGGUCAGGAUGACAGAUGAAGGCAGCUUUACAGUAAAAGACAGCGAGGGCAAAGUCAAGAUUCGGACCUGCCUGAAUGUCAGAGAUCACCUGUAUUUCAAGCACCUCGCUUAUGGAGACAACUUCAACAUGCAGCUCCACCUGCCCUACUCCAGCGUCAACGUCGUCUUCAAGCCCAAAUCAGACAGUCGGGGCCGAGCCAUCGUGGACGAGGGGGUUGUGGUGACGCCGAUGGACCCGCUGCUGGAGGGCAGGGUGAACGUGGAGGGUUCACAUCUCACCUUGAAGAAGGUCCAAGUGUCUGACUCGGGCGUCUUCAAUGUGACAGACCUGGCUGGGCAUCUUGUAGCUGCUGUCUACAUAGAUGUAGCCCCUUAUAAGCUGCCUCCCCUGACUCUGGCCAUCCUCGCGCUGCUGGGCCUGGUUGCCCUCAUGCUGCUGGCGUGCCUGCUGUCCUGCAUCUAUAAAGUACAUAAGAGGAACGAGAAGAACAAGAAGUUGACGCUUAUUGCUCAGCAGGCUGGCAAGAGUGACGGCGAGGCUUUCAGACAGGUGGUUCGUGAGGCUUACAGCAGGUUCACCGAGGAAUCGCUGACACAGUCGAUGUGUGAUAAACCCAUGGAGAGCACAGAGGUCACCAUCAAGGGCCUCGAGGUGUCCAAACCAGGCCGCUACCACACUCUCAACUCAGAUAACUUUUUGGAGAUGAGCGACUCCGGAGUCGAGUUCACCAGCUCUGGCCUCCCACUGGACAGCGACACAGAUGCUGCGAUGACCUACGCUUCCCACAAGCCCCUGCUGAAUGCCGCUUCCCCUCCAGCCAUCUCUGAAGGAUCGCACUCCGAGGGCUUGGAGGCCACUGUGGUCCCUGAUGGCGACCUUAGCGCUAGCCAAACCCCUGACUCUGCCUUGAGCCCCAUCUCUAAUCCUCACUCGCUCGCAGCUGCGACCCCUGAUGGAAGCCUCCGUGGUGCUGCAUCGCCGGGAACCGCCUCCAGAGGCACUGCUGAGUCAGAUACGGCCAAGUCAGAGGGAGGGGCUGAGAGUGGAGAAGGUGAGCAGAAGGAGGAAACGGCCCAGAGCACCUGAGAGGGAGUACCAGGGUGUAUUUUUUUUAAGCUCACCUGUCCCAACAUAUCCACAGUCGUCUGGCAGGAACUUAUCAUAUCUCACACCAUCAAGUCCUUCGUCACUGCAUUUGAAGCAACAUCACAGACAAACGUUAAAGCUUGGAUCCGGAUGUUUAGCCUAGCCUAGAAGAAAAUAACUAAAGCAGCAGAUGCUCAAAACGCACAAUGCAAAAUUUAAAGCUCUGAAAAAUGAAAGGUAAAAAUAGAAACCCCCGAGCUGUAUCAAAAGCAGCUCCGUGCAUCUGGAAAAUGCAUGCAUUUAAAUUAAACAUUAGAGUAGCUAUCAUAGUUCAGAUCUACAGGACAUUGCUGACAUUAGAGUAGACUGCAUGCCUGCUAAAGAAGCAUAGGCUCACAAAAGAAGCUGUGAUGACACGAAAAGGGUAAAAAACAUUCAUCACUUUUAGGGAAACGGCUGAAGGGGAUCAAAUGAUUUUGAUUCCUGUGAAAACUGGUC